AUGACGGGACCUCUUGAGCAGGCUGGACCUGAGAUGGGCCAAAACCUGGAGGCCCGGACCCAAUUGGAUGUCUACACAUGGUACAGCCCAUAUGUUCACAGGGUGGCCUGGGUGUUGAAACUGAAAGGAAUCGAUUACGAAUUUGUGGAAGAAAAUCUGAAGGAUCCAAACAAGAGGAGCCCUCUCCUUCUGAAUUGCAACCCGGUGUACAGGAAAAUCCCAGUGCUUAUUCAUCAUGGGAAACCGAUUGUUGAAUCUUUAUUCAUCAUUGAGUAUAUUGACGACACAUGGAAAGACAAUCCCAUUUUACCCACUGAUCCAUACGAGAGAGCCAUGGCAAGAUUUUGGGCUUCCUUCAUUGAUGAAAGGUUACUUGAAGGUUCAAAAAGAGUGUUAUCUGUUAAAGGAGACCAGCUAAAGAUGGAAACUAAGCAAGUAUCAGAUGCCAUGGAAGUGCUCGAAGGAAUGUUGGAGGGUAAGAAAUUCUUUGGGGGUGAGAAGAUAGGGUUCCUAGACAUCGCCUUCGGCUGGAUAGCCAUAUGGUUGGGAGCCAUCGAGGAGGCUGUUGGUGUAGAAUUCUUCAACCGCCGCAAAUUGCCUCUCCUCGAGACUUGGAAGGACAAAUUCAAAGAGUUUCAUGUUGUCAAAGACAGCUUGUAUCCCACGGAAAAGUUGGUUCGGUUCUUUACAAAGUACCGCCAUUCACAGCUAAAAUUAGCAGCAAAAAAAUGA